AUGGAGAUAUCACAUCAAUUCCGUUGGGACCAAGUCCUGAUUUUGGCAGCGGUACUUAUGUCACCUGCAAUCACGUAAGUAGCCCGAGAGUGAUGAGAAGUAGAGAGGGUAGGUUACUGAUGUUCGAUGAGCAUUCCGGGAAAGAUAAUUAAUUAAAUCGAAAAUUAAAAUCGGAGAAAGAUUCUGUCAGGCUACUGGUAUUUCCAUCAGUCUUAUCCAGUGUUGUAUUUUAGUUAAAUAAGUUGGUGCAUAUAUUACAAUGCGUUGAUGUUUCGGUUCAGCUCUGUCUCACUAACUGACUAUUGCUGCUGCUACUACCUCUGUCAUCAUGAUUUCAAAUGUUUUCUUGUUUCUGACCUGUAAUUACACACACACACACACACACACACACACACACACACACACACACACACACACACAAACAAGCUAAUCAGAACCAACAGUUGGAAGACUGCAUGAUUAAGGAUGUGUAGAUCUCCUUCUUUAUUAGGCUACUCCAGCUGUCAACUGGCACAGAUGGUUGGUUUAGUAACAAUGUCAUCCAUGUUUCUACUGCACAUGAUUUUACACUGCUGCUCUUUAGGCCUACUGUAAUUUGUUCAACUAAAACAAAUAGUGAAGCUAUGUAAAUACUGUAGAUAUGAUGGUAAGCCUAGAGAUAUAAUCAACAUUCUAUGUCCUUACAACUUUUCCCAGAACUUAAGCUAUCUCUUAAGUCUUAUGCAUUAUAUGUCUCAGCGAAUACCUAUUCUCUGAAUCUUCAUUUCAUUACAUGACGCUUUCACUCUUAGAUGAAGAGUCGGACCAGGCACUAUAGGACCUCCUCCACAGAUAGAUAUUGCUCUAGGACUUGAUUGAUGAACCCUUGGCCAACUCUUCUGUAUCCCUCACUCCCUCCUCAACGUAUGUAUCCCCUCCUCAGGGUGCUGUGUAAUGACAUCCUGGGUCUGAAGGUGGCAGGAGAUCCGGUUCUGACCCCUAACUCUGUCUGCCUGCGGCUGGCGGGCCUGAGCAAGCGUCAGAUUCGUCUGUGUGUGCAAAGCCCCGACGUGACGGCCUCUGCACUGCAGGGCAUCCAGGUCAUAGAGAUAUAGUAUAACAUUUUUACAAUAUUUGACCAUAUUUUAUCAGGGUCUAGAAUGAAAGAUUCCCUGACCAAGAUGGCCGUCAUUUUAGUCAUGCUACCAGGAUACCAAUUUCCAUUCUAGUGUUGUAUUUCAUUCUAUGAUGCAGGUGGCCAUCCACGAGUGCCAGCACCAGCUCAGAGACCAGCGGUGGAACUGUUCUACUCUGGAGAGCCACAGCAAGCUGCCUCAUCAGAGUGCCAUCCUCAACAGAGGUGAGAGGCACACAGAGGAGCGCAGGGAGAAGGGGUUGGGAAUAGGGCCAGGAGUUUCUGGUGACUUGAUGAUUUGAUCAGGAAAAACUCCAGACCCCUCUAUCUCCCUGGUCAGAAUCUUUAGGCUCUUGGAGGGGAUGGUAGACAAAAAAAGUAUGCUGACAUAAACAUUUAUUGUUGUGCUUAUAGAAUAAGAGUAAUGACAGGAUAUGAAGUUUUUCUGUGAUAUUUAGAUUACACCCAGUGUGAUGACGUCAUGACUCUGAUGUGUCUGUCUGUCCUUGUCCCCCAGGCUUCAGGGAGAGUGCCUUCUCUCUGUCCCUGCUGGCAGCAGGUGUGGCCCACUCCGUGGCUUCCGCCUGCAGCCUAGGCAAGCUCCAGGGCUGCGGCUGCGAGGCCAAGCGUCGCCUGGACGACGAUAAGAUUCGCCUCAAACUUACCCAGCUGCAGCUGCAGACCCUCCAGAGGGGAGGAGCCAGAGUGGGCAUGGGAGGGGGUGGGAGAGGAGGCGCACACCCCCAGGAGAUCAGAGAUGUGCCAGCCAGCCUGCGUUCUGCUUCUACCCACCCCUCCUCCCUCCUCAAGCCCCUGCCAGAGGACCUCAGCCCCCUGCAGGAGACCUGGGAGUGGGGGGGCUGUAGCCAUGACGCCCGCUUCGGGGAGAGAUUCUCCAGGGAUUGGUUGGACUCCCGGGGCUCCCCACGGGAUAUCCACGCCCGCAUGAGGAUACACAACAACAGGGUUGGCCGACAGGUGAGAUCUUGUAUAUUUUGUAUGAUAACUGCAAGUAAGAGUCGGGCUCUCAUUUGAUGAAGGUUUCACAAUGGAAUUCGUCAAGUUUUCUAACAUUCAUGGAAUUGAAUAUUGAAUUGAACCAAUUAGUUAUAAAUUUUUAUAACAGAUUUAUAAACUAUCUAUAAACUACAUGUAUAAAUGAUUUUAAAUACAUUUAUAAUUGUUACCCUAGUACAUUGCAAUCAAAACCAUUCUAGACUUCUAUGGAUAUUGACAUGAUUGUUUCCCCCUGCACAGCUAGUGACUGACAACAUGAAGAGGAAGUGUAAAUGCCACGGCACGUCAGGCAGCUGCCAGUUCAAGACCUGCUGGUACGUGUCCCCAGAGUUCAGGCUUCUGGGGUCUCUGCUCAGGGACAAGUUCCUCUCCGCCAUCUUCAUUAACUCCCAGAACAAGAACAACGGGAUGUUCAACCCCCGGGUCGCAGCCGGGAAUGGUGCCUCAAAUGGGGUCAGGAACGGGGCCGGCGGGGGUACUGGGUCUGGGGGCGCGGGGGGCCCUAACAAUGGGGGUCGGCGGAGGAGCAGUGUGUCACGUGAGCUGGUCUACUUUGAGAAGUCGCCAGACUUCUGUGAGCGGGAGCCGUCCCUGGACUCUCUGGGUACUCAGGGCCGUAUCUGCAACAAGACCAGCCACAGCAUGGACAGCUGCGGGUCGUUGUGCUGCGGGAGAGGACACAACAUCCUGAAGCAGACACGCAGUGAGAGGUGCCACUGCCACUUCCACUGGUGCUGCUACGUGCUCUGUGAGGAGUGCAGAGUCACUGAGUGGGUCAACGUCUGCAAGUAG